ACACAAAACUAUGACAUAAUGCAGCUAUGAAAUCAAGAAGAUCCAAUUAACAGUGAAUGGAAUGCUAAAUAAAUUACUUAAAUAAACGGACUGAAAUUAUUAAGAGUAUCAGUCUUUAGAAUUUUUAGAAUUUCUAAAAGACAGGCCACUCAUAAACCAAAAGUGAAAAAUUUUACCCAAAUCUGUGAAGCUCCUUUAAUAGCUCAGUGACUGAAUUUCAGGAAGGACACUAUUUAAGUUUGAAAUCACGACUUCAGAGCCAAUUCGAAAGCUUCCGCCUUACAAUUUUCAUUUUUUUGGCUACGGAUUUCUCCUGUCCUCACAAACACUAGAACACUUGAUACUAUUUAUAAGCAGAAGCUGACAGCUGCUAUCUUCCAGAAUUAUAGAUAACAAUUUCUAACCUCUCAAUAUUUGAAACAUUAAUUUAGUUAUUACGAUAACACAGAAUUUCUUAUCAACUUCAAUCAUUCGUGUUAAGUAUUCUAUUGAAAAGAAAGGCAUUCUCUGGAAUUUUUUUAUUUUUCCCUCUUCAUUAUUCCAGUGGAUUAGAUUUUUGUCUUUUGGAUAGACAUUUCCAUUAUGAAAGCUUUUGUUUCACUCUACCUGUAACAUGUGAUUUUUCAGCUGUUCCUCCACAGAGUGAAUAAAGUCUUCAAGCUUGGUAAAAAUGGAUACAGAAAUAACUACUGACUAGAGAUUCCCCUGUACCUAGGAACUGUUUUAUCCUUGCUGGUAAUAAAAAUAAAUAAAUAAACCCCAAGUCUGAAAUUUUUGUGUUUUAUUCUUGAUUCCAUGCUUGUUAAGGUAUUUUGCUCUAUGUAUAGUCUAGACUCUUGCUCCUGAAUAUGUAAAUCCACACUUGGCUACGUUAAAAAGAAGUUUCUGUAUCCAUGUCUUGCAAGGCAGGCAGACACCUUUACAUGGCUAUGUUUAGGACUGCAACAAGGGAAAAACAUAAAAAAGCUGAGCACAGACAGCUGCACACUAUCCUGGAAAGCUGAAUUCCAUCCCAGAGAUGUUAUGCAAUGAUACACAAGCUGUGAAAUGUUAUCUGAAGUGGCUGCACUGGCUGUGUGUGCUUCAUUUCCCAGUGGCUGAGUCAAGAUCCUAGACCUGGGUGCAAGACUUGAGUCUGUGACCUGCAAAAACACCAAUCAUCCCAAUCCAAGUCUGUAAGAAGUGUUUUUGAACGUAUGAAUAAUUAAUACACUGGAAAAGCUUGGCUUGAGUAAUUAAAGUCAGACACUCCAUUCUAAUUGUAACUACUCUGCCCUAGGAUUUGUGAAACGAGAAGAAUAAUAUUUAUAACCUGAGCAAGGUAAAACAGUUCUGUUUGUUCAUGAGUUACCAGCUUUUAUAGUGAUGAUUAUUGGAGAAAACAUGAAAACCCAAUAAUUCUGACUCCAGUGCAGCACUCCAGUGGCAUAUAACAAAGGCCAUGCAUGAGUAAUGAGGAAAAAACCAGAAUACUGAGUAGCCUCUCAAUGUGAACAUCACUCCAACUGUUUGAUAGCUGAAACAAAGUCCUUAUUGCAAAAGAAGAAAACCACACAAUAUAAAAGUCCAUAAACAGAGAGAUUGCACAACCAGCCUUAACUUUGGUAUUUCCUAGUUUAGGAGUCUUAAAGUUCUUUUAGCUCUAAGCAGGCUUUAAGUUCUUUCAAAAACAUAAUUUUGUUCUUUAGAUACUUAAACCCAAAACACUAGAAAAAAGAUUUCAAUUGUAUCCUGUUAUACCAUACUGAAAGAAAUGUGGCUCAUCAACAGGACUGGAAUUUUUAGGCCUCUUGCUUCUCAAAACUGUGCAAAGCUGCACAAUACAAAAUAUGUAUUAGGUAAAUGUAUUUGUUUCUAAAUAAUGGAAUUUUCUCUUGGGCUAUAUCCUGGUAUUUCUGGAAGAUUUUAAAGAGAAGUCCAAAUUUUAAUGAUUCCUCAGGCAUAAAAAAUGUCAAUAAAUUGAAGCAAGGUAAGAGAUUUUCAAACAACAAAAAUGUGUAUUUUGCUAUGAGCUUAACCUAAAUUCCUAAAAAGCUCUGAAAAGGCCCUACCUGUUAAAUUAUCAGACACUUGUUCUUUCAUUUAAAGGUUGGUACAGCUCCUGAUCCACUUAUUUGGAGAACUCUUAACAAAGACAGGGAAAAGGAUGACUUGGUAUUUCCAUUAUCGCAAAUGUUUAAAAUAUUAUAUAUGAACAAGCAAGUGACAAAAAAAAAAAAAAUCCCCUAAAAAACAACCAAACCAGUUGUUAAAGGAGAAAGAAUCCUACUCAGAGACAUGCCAUUGCAAAGCAAUGAUUACCAGUGCAAUUCAACUGAGGAGGGAACUGUUAAAGCAAUUUUAUCCUAAAAUAAAAUAACCACAAAAUAUGCAACAACAAAACCCCUGAUAAAAUGAAAAAGCCCCUCCAGACCCCUUUCCCCAAAAGCAAAUGGUUUGAGAGUGGGCAGUGAUUGGCAACAUUACUGAAGUCAAGAAUAAGUUCGUCACCACCAUCUGUUUAAUUGUUCUUGGAACUAUGCCUUAAAAAUCAAGACAAAAUUUUUGUUCAUAGAAUGGACCCUGAAAUAUUCCUACCAUCAUCUAUCGGUCGUGAAAGUUGGGGGACCAAUUUGCAGACUUCCAGACAGAGCCAGUAAUUAUUUCUGGUUUCAUGAGGGAAAAAAGGACAGCACAGACAUGGUGCAUGGUUUAAUAAAUCAUGUCUGUGACUCUACUGUGCGAGACUGACUUCAGGCACAUUCUUAAUCCAAAUUUAUCAGAAAUUUUUAUGAAGAAAAAUCAACUGUGUAGCUGUCAAACAAAAUAGGGUCACUGGAAAGCCCCCUAAAUGGCCUCAAAGCUGAAGUUCUGUUAGUACUGCAGGAAAAUUUAAAGCCCAUUGAUGCCCUUAUUUCCAUAAAGCUCAGCAGAUGUAAGAGUCCAUCAGCAGGUUCUUUACUUUUUUUGGGAAAGAGCCCAAAUGCAAACUGUAUUUGCAAGAUUUCCCUUAAAUAUGCCUUCUGUUGAUGCUACAAGAAAUUUUUAGUCCUGACACAGGAAUAGCAUCUAUGUUAUGAUCCAUCUGGCUUCAAGAAUUUAUUUUUUAUCCCCACACCACUGGUUUUCCAGUCACACCUCUUGCCAUUGCAUCAUCAGUUCCAAACAAUUUUUAAAUCAUGAUGGUGCAUCACACUGAAAUUAAGGCAGGAAGGCUGUGCAUGCCAGGCUAUCAAUUUCUUAAAUAACAAGUUGUUCUUGAGAAAUAUUUUUCCUUAUAAAUAGGCUCUCUUAAAUAACAAAUGGUUCCCGUUACUAUUUCACAAUAGACUUCCAAAAUGUCCCCGUCAGACAAGAGUUCCAUAAGCUAAAAACUACAUCCAAAUAUUCUCAUUCAACACAAGCAGGGCUCCAGUGAAAUAAAAAUCCAUCAGAGAAAGGCUUACUGGAAAAUAAAUGCAACUCCUCAACACCUGGAAGGAUUAUUUUUUUUAGCUUACCUAUAUUCUCUGUUAACUUUCUAAAGCAAACAAUAAAACAUGUCUUCAACACACUGAAAUGAAGCCAGGCCCUGAUCUACAGAAAUCACCUGAGCAGAACACAACAAUGCCUUACACAAAUCUAGGCUAAAUAUAAAUCCAUGCCUUCCAUCAGCAGAAAGGCUGAUACUAAAAGAAGACUGUCACAAGUGGAAGAGGUUAAACUAGAAGCCUUUUCUUCAUUCUCUGCACUUUACUCCUACCUAGUAACAAAAAGCAAAGAGAACACUGCUCAAUCAAGAAGGGGAGAACAUGGCUUUGCCAACCUAGAGACAACAAAAAAAAAUUGCUUUUAUUGGGAAGAACAGAAAGGAGAGCUACCUUCAGUGUCUCAAUUUCCAGCCUUUUUCUUUUCACUAUGUCAAGAAAAGCAGCAGCUUCCUGUGUUUCUUGUGGAGUAUCUGGGCUUCCAGUCCCACGGGGAAGAGCUGCUCUGCUGUCUGUGACACACACAGCUGGUAGAGGACUCACCAGGAUUCUCACAUCAAGGUUUUCAUUUAUAAUUUAGUCCAAUCUAAGAAUAUGUUCCCAAUUAUUUUUAAAGUGCAUCUCUGAGGUACCUGCCAAAGGUACACCUCUAAUUCCACAGCUAUAGUUAAGUUCAAGGUCAAACUGUUUUCCAAACUCUGACAAUGCCAUUUCCCAGUAUAUUAGAAGAGAAGGGAAAAAAAAGAGAAGACUAUUUUAACCUCAAAUAGGUGUUCAAUAGCAUGUCAUUUUUUCCUGAAACCUGAACUUUUACUAUAAUCAGUGUGAUGAGCUGUCAUUCCAAAUGGUUUCACUCCCACAAAAUAAUGAACAACUUCAGAAAGGGCUUCAUGAAGAAAAUAAGCAACCUUAACUAUACAUGAUGUUUCUAAUUCUGACUGUUGUGAUCUCAUCUCUUAUUUCUCCACUGCAUACCUUCAGAUCCUAAGUAAUGGAAAUACAUUUGCAGAUCUGGACUGAGUUCUUAGCCUGCAACAAUAAAAGUCUGAGUUACUUGUAUAUCCUUGUUCUUGUAACAAGAAACACAUAAGAAAUACCCUAAGAUCGAGAGAAUUUAAAUCCCUCAUUUUUGUAUUUUUCCAUUUGUGUAUUCUGUUCACAACAUCAUUUUGGACAGGCAGUUGUUUAAUUUUUCCUACAUCAUCUCUAGUUCUAAAAUGGUUAGAAAAAUAAUUUUAAAAAUCCACACAGAAAUAGGCAAAAGCCAACUACUCCUGAGAUCUCAAACAGUUCAUUGGUAUUUACAGCACAUCUUAAUGCAUUCCCUUUUGUUGCUUUGCCACAGCCUGUUAACAGGUUACAGUCCCCUCAUUAAAGAGUUCUCUACUCUUCUGUAACCAUUCCUUCUCUUGCAGUCAGCUGUUACACUGCCUUCAGUAACAUCUGCUUGUCUGUAGGGCUGCAGACAGAAACUUUGCAGUACGAUUUUCAGCAAUAUAAUACCAUUUCACCGGCACAGAAAGGACGUUCACUGUUCUCACAGAAUGACAGGCAAACUGUGGGUAGGUUCACACUGUGUUCAUGAGAUAAAUUUCACCCUGAACCCUUUAUCAUUCACAUAUGGUCACUGCAUUUUUACAUGCUUGAAAGCUGAAGGAUCAUUAAAGUAUUAAUAUUGUUUCCCUUGCAUUUUACUUGUGAAAUUGCAAUUUAGUAAUUUCUUUCAUGAAGACAGAAAUACACCCCUUUGAAGUACCUUGUUGCUUUUUUUCUUGGAUUACUGUAAUUCUAUUUUAAUGUCUUUGUAUCUGUUUUAAAAUUUUAUUUUAACAACUGAAGUUAGUGUUCAGAUUAUUCAGAAGUUUACUGAUUUUCCUACAACAAGACAUUCUGUGAGCAAGAAUACAGAACAUUCUGUGUAUAUGAACAAAGAGAGAAACAAUGCACCCUCGAGAUCAAGUUUGACACCAAGAAAAUGUAAUUUAAGUAGUAAACAGUUCCUUAUUUAACCUGUAAUUCAACUGAAAAAAACCCCAAACCCUCACAUUUAUCAAAUUCAUUUUAUAUUAGCAGCUAGAUAUUUCACAGCAGCAGCACUGGGAGGUACCCUGCAAGUCUGAAUCCCUGAUUAUAGACUAGAGAUACAGUCAUAUUUAAAUAAAAAUUUGGGAUUAUUGCAUGGGACUAUUUUCACUGCAGCAACUGUAUUGUUUCCAUACAAAGUAAAAAUAUGUAUUUCAUUUUGCUUCAAAAGUUAGCAGCUUUUUACUAGCUUAUGCAUAAUCCUUCAGGAAUAAAACUUAACAGUAAUCAUCAUCUGCUUCCUCAGUCUCUCCUCUCCUUCAGAUUUUAACUCUCAGUGUAAAUUUGAACAUCUACUUUGCUUUCUGUUAAAGAGUGUUAGAAAGAGAAAUAUUCACAUGAGAGAAACCAGAGUAAAAACAACAGGUAACAAUACAGAGAAGGCAGCAAAGCCCUGCAGGAAGACACAGCAUACUCACAAAAAAAUUCCCAUGUUAUUUCUCUCAUUUUUCUAAUUAUUAUGAAAUUUCAUGAACUUGUUAAUUGAGAGAUGCUACGCAUGCCUGUAUAGAGGAUUUAACACUGUAUGCUGUUUAGGAAGAUAUUGAAAUUUUACAGAAAGGCAGUUUGUUAACAGAGCCAAAAGAAUUGGCACAGCUCAAACAGAAAGUCCAUAUCCUGUGUAAGACAAUGGGCAGCAGCAGAUGAUCCACGGAAAGAAUCUUCUUAUUCCCUUUAUUGCUGACUUCUGACCUGAAGCUUGUGUGUUACAAUACUUACUUUUCCCCCCCCCCCCAGCUACGGAAUCUCUCUGGUUGGUUUAAUGCAUGUAAAUAAUACCUCUGUUAUGCAAAAGGAUUAUUAAACCAGGCUCUAAAAGUCCUGGGCAUAUGUAUGUCCAACAUAACGAUGCCAGCAGGAAAAACCCACCGGGGUAUUUCCUGAGAUUGAUUUGAAGCAAUGCAUGAUGAAGACUUUAUACUUUAUGAAAGGAGAAAACCCCACAACUGGGCUGCAGCCACAGCCAUUGAAGCAGAGCAGGCAGCAGGCAUUAAGCCCAGUGCUGUUACUGGUUUGGAAAGCAGUUAAGACAAAAAAGCAACACUGCCUUUGCAGCCUGAGUGAAAUUCCACUGGAGCACUUGCACCAUGUUUCUGUAUAUAACACAUUCCUUGUCCUUUAAAGGGUAUGAUAUCUUACACUUGGGAAGGGUUUCUUUCCUCUUCCCUCCUGUAAUUGAAAAGUAUUCUUUACUGCCGAUUUAAGGUUUGUUUUGACAAAGAGAGCACUGAUGAGGCACUCAAGAGCUUGUAUUAAAUCAAAGUUAGACAGAAGUGAGCAGCUUGUAUAUGUGCUGUGGGAUACACUCGCUCACAUAUUUAUCUUCCGUGUUUUGAGAGAAGGUUACAAAUAUUUUUAUACAUAUACACACACAUAUAAAAGAGUGUGAGUAAGCAAGCUCACAUUCCAAGAGAAGUUUUCUGGCUAUGUCAGGAGUGUAGUCCACCCUCUGCUAAGCAAACCUAUUUUUUUUCAAGCACAAGAGGAUAUUAUCAGAGGAGCCCGUGUGGAUAUACAGAAACCAGAGAUCGUCAUGGCUCGCUGAGGUGAUGAGCUGAUGGGUGGAUGGCGCCCAUUAUCUUCACUCCUCAAUCCAAGUUUUCCUGAAAAACGGACAGGGGGAGGAGGAGGCUCCAACUGAGCAUAAGGCACAGAGGACAAGCAAAGGAUUAGGAGUGGACAGCAAGAAAGGGAAGGAGAAUGCAAAAGAUAUUGAAAACGUUUCAAAGAGCUAGAAAAUAGUUCCUAGAUUAGAAGAUCCAGUUGUCAGCAACUUAAAACAAUAUUCAGGUUUUAACUUCUGUACAAGGCUAUUACAUAACCCUGAAGCAAGGAAUUUAACCAAAAGGAAUGUGCCUUUACUAUCUAUAGAAAAUACACUUAGCUUCAGCUGCUUCAACGCUCCUUGGAAUUUUAAAAUGUUUCAAGCCUUGGUUCGGCAAGCGUAUCACCCCCUGCCCAGCCACCAGCCGGGGGAACCCGACGCCAAGUACAAGGGGAAGCUGGUGCAUGAAACUCAGCUGAACUGCUUCUACAUCAAACCUGGAGGUUCCAACUAUGGGAGUCCCCGUCCAGCUCAUGCCAACAUGAAUGCCAAUGCAGCUGCAGGGCUUGCCCCAGAGCACAUCCCCACCCCGGGGGCAGCUCUGUCCUGGCAGGCUGCCAUCGAUGCUGCCAGGCAAGCCAAGCUGAUGGGCAGUGCCGGCAACGCCACGAUAUCCACGGCCAGCUCCACGCAGAGGAAACGGCAGCAGUAUGGCAAGCAGAAGAAGCAGGGCACCACCACAGCCACCCGUCCUCCCCGGGCACUGCUGUGCCUCACGCUGAAGAAUCCCAUCCGGAGGGCGUGCAUCAGCAUCGUCGAAUGGAAACCAUUUGAAAUAAUUAUUUUACUGACUAUUUUUGCCAAUUGUGUGGCCUUAGCUAUCUAUAUCCCCUUUCCAGAAGAUGAUUCCAAUGCCACCAAUUCCAAUCUGGAACGAGUGGAAUAUCUCUUUCUCAUAAUUUUUACAGUGGAAGCAUUUUUAAAAGUAAUAGCAUACGGACUUCUCUUUCACCCCAACGCUUACCUCCGCAAUGGCUGGAAUUUACUAGAUUUUAUAAUUGUGGUAGUAGGGCUUUUUAGUGCAAUUUUAGAACAAGCAACCAAAGCAGAUGGGGGGAAUUCAAUAGGAGGAAAAGGUGCCGGAUUCGAUGUUAAAGCACUGCGGGCUUUCCGAGUAUUACGUCCACUACGGCUGGUGUCUGGAGUUCCUAGUCUCCAGGUGGUUUUAAAUUCAAUCAUCAAGGCCAUGGUCCCUUUGUUGCAUAUUGCCCUGCUGGUGCUGUUUGUCAUUAUUAUCUAUGCCAUCAUUGGACUGGAGUUAUUCAUGGGGAAGAUGCAUAAGACCUGCUACCAUGUGCAAGGGGGACUGAUAGAUACACCUGCAGAAGACGAUCCGUCUCCGUGCGCCCCCCAGUCUGCCCACGGGCGGCAGUGUCAGAACGGCACCGAGUGCAAGGCGGGCUGGGAGGGACCUAAGCAUGGCAUUACCAACUUUGACAAUUUUGCUUUUGCCAUGCUCACGGUGUUUCAGUGCAUCACCAUGGAGGGCUGGACAGAUGUGCUCUACUGGGUCAAUGAUGCCAUAGGAAGGGACUGGCCCUGGAUCUAUUUUGUUACACUAAUCAUCAUAGGGUCAUUUUUUGUACUUAACUUGGUUCUCGGUGUACUUAGCGGGGAGUUUUCCAAAGAAAGAGAAAAGGCAAAGGCUCGAGGCGAUUUCCAGAAGCUACGGGAAAAGCAGCAGCUAGAGGAGGAUCUGAAGGGAUACUUAGACUGGAUAACCCAAGCAGAAGAUAUUGAUCCAGAAAAUGAAGAUGAAGGCAUGGAUGAGGAGAAGCCUCGAAACAGAAGCCCUCCAGCUGGUUUGCCUGAUGAGAAGAAAGGAAAGUUUGCUUGGUUUAGUCACUCCACAGAAAGCCAUGUGAGCAUGCCCACCAGUGAGACCGAGUCCGUGAACACCGACAACGUCCCUGGAGCGGAUAUGGAAGGCGAGAACUGCGGCGCAAGGCUGGCGCAUCGGAUCUCAAAAUCAAAAUUUAGUCGCUACUGGCGCCGAUGGAAUCGAUUCUGCAGAAGGAAGUGCCGUGCUGCUGUCAAGUCCAAUGUUUUCUAUUGGCUGGUGAUCUUCCUCGUGUUUCUCAACACCCUCACCAUUGCCUCUGAGCACUACAACCAGCCAGACUGGCUCACGGAGGUCCAAGACACUGCCAAUAAGGUGCUGCUAGCUCUUUUCACGGCAGAGAUGCUGCUGAAGAUGUACAGCCUUGGUCUCCAGGCCUACUUUGUGUCCCUCUUCAACCGCUUUGACUGUUUCAUUGUGUGUGGAGGCAUCCUGGAAACCAUCCUGGUGGAGACAAAGAUCAUGUCACCCCUGGGCAUUUCAGUCUUGAGAUGUGUGAGACUCCUAAGAAUAUUUAAAAUCACAAGAUAUUGGAACUCCCUGAGUAAUCUUGUGGCUUCACUCCUGAAUUCAGUCCGCUCCAUUGCCUCCCUGUUGCUGCUCCUCUUCCUCUUCAUCAUCAUCUUCUCACUCCUGGGGAUGCAGCUCUUUGGGGGCAAGUUUAACUUUGAUGAGAUGCAGACCAGGAGGAGUACAUUUGACAACUUCCCUCAGUCCCUCCUGACUGUGUUUCAGAUCCUGACUGGGGAGGACUGGAAUUCGGUGAUGUAUGAUGGGAUCAUGGCUUAUGGCGGCCCCUCUUUUCCAGGAAUGUUGGUCUGUAUUUACUUCAUCAUCCUCUUCAUCUGUGGAAACUAUAUCCUGCUGAAUGUAUUUUUGGCCAUUGCUGUGGACAACCUUGCUGAUGCUGAGAGUUUAACAUCUGCACAGAAAGAGGAGGAAGAGGAAAAAGAAAGGAAAAAGCUAGCUAGGACUGCUAGUCCCGAAAAGAAACAGGAGAUGGAGAAAACAACUGUGGAGGAAGAGACAAAGGAGGAGAAAAUUGAGCUGAAAUCGAUCACUGCAGAUGGAGAGUCCCCACCUGCUACCAAGAUCAACGUGGAUGAUUAUCAGCCCAAUGAAAAUGAAGAGAAGAGCCCUUAUCCCACAACAGAAGCACCAGCAGAGGAAGAUGAGGAAGAACCCGAGAUGCCUGUCGGCCCUCGACCUCGCCCGAUGUCUGAGCUGCACCUCAAGGAAAAGGCUGUGCCCAUGCCUGAUGCCAGUGCUUUUUUCAUCUUCAGUCCUAACAACAGGUUUCGUGUGCACUGCCAUCGAAUCGUUAAUGAUAACAUUUUCACCAACCUGAUCCUGUUUUUCAUCUUGCUCAGCAGCAUCUCCCUGGCAGCCGAGGACCCCGUGCGACACCUCUCCUUUAGGAACCAAAUUCUCUUUUAUUUUGAUAUAGUUUUUACUGUCAUUUUCACCAUUGAAAUUGCUCUGAAGAUGACCGCCUACGGGGCUUUCCUCCACAAGGGCUCCUUCUGCAGGAACUAUUUCAACAUCUUAGACCUGCUGGUGGUCAGCGUUUCUCUCAUCUCCUUUGGGAUCCAGUCCAGUGCCAUUAAUGUGGUGAAGAUCCUGCGUGUUCUGCGGGUCCUUAGGCCACUGAGGGCCAUCAACAGAGCCAAAGGACUAAAGCACGUGGUCCAGUGUGUGUUUGUCGCCAUCCGAACCAUCGGGAACAUUGUGAUUGUCACCACUUUGCUGCAGUUCAUGUUUGCCUGCAUUGGAGUUCAGCUGUUUAAGGGCAAGCUGUACAGCUGCACGGACAGCUCCAAGCAGACGGAAGCAGAAUGCAGAGGGUACUACAUCACCUACAAGGAUGGGGAGGUCAGCCAGCCCAUGAUACAGCCCCGGAGCUGGGAGAACAGCAAGUUCGACUUUGACAACGUCCUGACUGCCAUGAUGGCCCUCUUCACCGUCUCGACCUUUGAGGGCUGGCCAGAGUUGCUGUAUAGGUCCAUUGAUUCCCACAUGGAGGAUGUGGGACCCAUCUAUAAUCACAGGGUUGAGAUCUCCAUCUUCUUUAUUAUCUACAUCAUCAUCAUUGCUUUCUUCAUGAUGAACAUCUUCGUUGGUUUCGUCAUCGUCACAUUUCAGGAACAAGGAGAACAAGAGUACAAGAACUGUGAGCUGGACAAAAACCAGCGCCAGUGUGUAGAGUAUGCCCUGAAAGCCCGGCCUCUGCGGAGAUACAUCCCUAAAAACCAGUACCAGUACAAAGUUUGGUACGUGGUCAACUCCACCUAUUUUGAAUACCUGAUGUUCGUUCUGAUCCUGCUGAACACCAUCUGCCUGGCCAUGCAACACUAUGGUCAGAGCUGCAUGUUCAAGGAAGCCAUGAACAUCCUCAACAUGCUCUUCACUGGCCUCUUCACUGUGGAGAUGGUCCUGAAAUUAAUCGCCUUCAAACCCAAGGGUUACUUUAGUGAUCCUUGGAAUGUUUUUGACUUCCUCAUCGUAAUUGGCAGCAUUAUAGACGUCAUUCUCAGUGAAACUAAUCACUAUUUCUGUGAUGCAUGGAAUACAUUUGACGCCUUGAUUGUUGUGGGUAGCAUUGUUGAUAUAGCAAUCACCGAGGUGAACCCAGCUGAACAUACCCAAUGCUCUUCCUCUAUGAACGCAGAGGAAAACUCUCGCAUCUCAAUCACCUUCUUCCGACUCUUCCGCGUGAUGCGCCUCGUGAAGCUCCUGAGCCGAGGGGAGGGCAUCCGGACACUGCUUUGGACCUUCAUCAAGUCCUUCCAGGCUCUCCCCUAUGUGGCUCUUUUAAUAGUGAUGUUGUUCUUCAUCUACGCUGUGAUUGGGAUGCAGGUGUUUGGUAAAAUUGCGCUGAACGACACCACAGAAAUCAACCGCAACAAUAACUUCCAGACCUUCCCCCAGGCAGUGCUGCUGCUUUUCAGGUGUGCCACAGGUGAGGCCUGGCAGGAAAUCAUGCUGGCAUGUCUCCCGGACAAGAAGUGCGACCCGGAGUCGGAGCCGGCCAACUCCACGGAAGCCGAUCACUCGUGUGGCAGCAGCUUCGCCGUCUUCUACUUCAUCAGCUUCUACAUGCUCUGUGCCUUCCUGAUCAUCAAUCUCUUUGUAGCUGUUAUAAUGGAUAACUUCGAUUACUUGACACGGGACUGGUCCAUUUUAGGACCACACCACCUGGAUGAGUUUAAAAGGAUCUGGGCAGAGUAUGACCCUGAAGCUAAGGGACGGAUCAAGCACCUGGACGUGGUGACGCUGCUCCGGCGGAUCCAGCCCCCGCUGGGCUUCGGGAAGCUCUGCCCUCACCGGGUGGCUUGCAAACGCCUUGUCUCCAUGAAUAUGCCACUGAACAGCGAUGGGACCGUCAUGUUCAAUGCCACUCUCUUUGCACUGGUCAGAACAGCACUGAGGAUCAAGACAGAAGGUAACCUGGAGCAAGCCAACGAGGAGCUGAGAGCAAUAAUUAAGAAAAUCUGGAAGCGCACCAGUAUGAAGCUGCUGGACCAGGUGGUGCCUCCUGCAGGUGAUGACGAGGUGACCGUGGGGAAGUUCUACGCCACUUUCUUGAUCCAGGAAUAUUUCCGGAAGUUCAAGAAGCGCAAAGAGCAGGGGCUGGUGGGGAAGCCCUCCCAGCGCAACGCGCUGUCCUUACAGUUUGCUGUUUUGCAGGCUGGUCUGCGCACGCUCCACGACAUCGGGCCCGAGAUCCGGCGAGCCAUUUCUGGAGACCUGACCGCUGAAGAGGAGCUGGACAAGGCCAUGAAAGAAGCUGUUUCUGCUGCCUCUGAAGAUGAUAUCUUCCGGAGAGCUGGAGGCUUGUUUGGAAACCAUGUGAGCUAUUACCAAAGUGAUGGCAGGAGUGGGUUCCCCCAGACAUUCACCACCCAGAGACCUUUGCACAUCAACAAGUCUGGCAACAACCACGGCGAUACUGAGUCUCCAUCUCACGAGAAGCUGGUGGACUCCACCUUCACUCCCAGCAGCUACUCAUCUUCAGGCUCCAAUGCCAACAUCAACAAUGCCAACAACACUGCUCUGUGUCGCUUCCCCAGCCCACCCAGCUACCCCAGCACUGUCAGCACGGUGGAAGGCCAUGGUACCCCCUUGUCACCCACCAUAUGUGUGCAGGAGGCUCCCUGGAAACUCCCCUCCAAAAGGACACAUUACUACGAGACACUGGCACGCUCCAGUUCCAGAGACAGCCAGCUGGCAAUUGUUUGCCAAGAGGAAGUGUCUCAGGAUGAGACUUAUGAUGAAAAUUUGAAUGAAGACAUUGAGUACUGUAGUGAACCAAGUCUGCUCUCUACCGAAAUGCUUGCAUACCAGGAUGAUGAAAACAGACAACUCACUCCACCAGAACACAGCAAAGGAGAGGACACCCGGCACUCUCCGAAGAAGGGGUUCCUGUGCUCCUCAGCUCUAGGUCGAAGAGCAUCUUUUCACUUAGAGUGUUUAAAAAGACAGAAAAACCAGGGUGUGGAUGUCUCACAGAAGACAGUCCUGCCUUUGCAUCUGGUCCAUCAUCAGGCAUUAGCAGUGGCCGGCCUGAGUCCCCUGCUCCAGCGAAGCCAUUCCCCCACCAUGUUCUCCCGGCUGUGCGCUACGCCCCCGGCUACGCCCUGCAACCGGGGCUGGCCGCAACAGACCAUCCCAACGCUGCGCCUCGACGGGGCCGAGUCCUCGGAGAAGCUCAACAGCAGCUUGCCGUCGGUGCACUGCGGCUCCCGGUACCCCGAGAGCGGCGGCAGCCCCAGGAGAGCCCGGCCGGUGUCCCUGACCGUGCCCAGCCCCACCGCAGGGAGCAGCCGGCAGUUCCACGGCAGCGCCAGCAGCCUGGUGGAAGCGGUCUUGAUUUCGGAAGGACUGAUGCAGUUUGCUCAAGAUCCAAAGUUCAUUGAGGUCACAACCCAGGAGCUCGCAGACGCCUGCGACAUGACGAUAGAAGAGAUGGAAAAUGCAGCAGACAACAUUCUCAAUGGUAACAGCAAGCAGAGCCCCAAUGGCAACCUCUUGCCUUUUGCUAACUGCAGGGACCCAGGGCAGGACAGUGCAGGAGAGGAAGAGGAAGAGGUGCAGAACCCGGAUUGUAGGAUAAGUCAGGAGGAGCUCAAGGACAGCAGGAUUUAUAUCAGCAGCCUGUAGUUGCCAGGGCUGGAAGCGAUGCUGGUUUUUUAUUUGUUUCAAUGUUCCUAAUGGGUUUGUUUCAGAAGUGCCUCACUGUUCUCGUGACCUGGAGUAACCGGAACAGCGUUCUUCAUUCAUUUCUGUUGGGACGAGUCGCAGAGUUGGGUGGUGUAAGAAAGCUUUUCAGGAGCGGAUAUAACCCCAGCACGUGUCCAUGAAGGAAGAGUGAGGAGGAGAAGAAGAGGAGGAGAGCCAGCUCCCUCUUUUUUUCAGUCCCUGUACAAGGAACGACAGCUGCCUCCGGAGCACGAAGGGGAACCUCAGCUUCCUGUGGAUUGCCCUAGCCAAAAGGACCCUGCGCCAAACGGGUGUCUUUCAACCUUGCUUGUAAAAAUCAUUUUGCACAUAUUCUGUAUGAGCCUCACCGUCUCCAUAAAGCCAAGGCCCUUUGAUUCGGAAGGAGAGGAAGACUUCUGCUGUGGAUUCCCACACGGCCACGGGGAGGAGGAAGCAGGAGAAGCCCGAGGCGCGGCCCAGCCCUGCCGAGACUCCGGCAGCGGCCCCUGCCGGCCAAUCAGAGCUCGGGCGGUCACUCGCCAGCCAAUCCGAGUUUAGGCGGUUUCCUGCUGGCCAAUCAGAGCUAGCGCGCCAACUGUGCCGGCCAAUGGGAGAGCAGGCAUGGCGGCGGGGCUGAGAGGCCGCCAGGCCUGUGCAGAGUUCUUGUUUUGCAGUUUGGUAUUUUCUUGAAAGCAUGUUGCAGUUUUUAUUUUGACUAUUUUAUUAUUAUUAUUAUUAUUAUUAUUAUUAUUUUGAGGGAGAAGGGAGUGUUUACAGCGUUUUGUAAUCACCUACCUUUUUUGUUUUGGUUUAUUUUCACCUUUGCAGAUGUUAAAUUGGUUUGAUCAUGUUGUAUUAUUAUUUAAACUGGGGUGGGGGUGGUUUCUCCAUUGGAAUUUGGUAGAAGUAUAACGAUAGAUGAGUUUUACCAACCAUUAUGUACACCGAGGAUUUGUAAUUUUAUUUACUAGCAACUGAAACCUUUUGUUGUUGUUGUUUUAUAAUUUAAAGAUAGUAGGCAAUGCACUUGAUAUAGUCUUGCACAUUUGAGUGAUUGAUUUGGGUUCUUUUUAGUGCUAAGUGUAUCGGUGAGUGUGGGAGCGAUAGGAGCGAGCGUGUGUGCACGUGUGUGUGCGUGUGUGUGUAAGAGCAGCUCUCCACGUCCUGGUUUGAGCUGCUGGAGAUCUGUAUCUGGGGCCAUUCGAAUGCAAAAACAAACCACUGUCUCUGCUUUCGAAAAGGGAAUCAGUAACUUUGCAUUUUCUGUUCCACAAGAUAUGCAAAAACAAUGCAAUAAUGUUAAUUUUAAAAUAAAAUUGUAAGUUGUGUCGGCAUUAAAACUGUAUAGAAAAAAGAAAAAAUUUACGGGGGUGGGGGGAAACAAAAAAAGAAAAACAAACCAGAAGACGUUACGCUUCGAUAUAUUCCGUGUGAUGUUUUAUUGCAUUGAUAAUGUUUCUGUUGAAGAAACCGUUAUACUUGAAUUCAGGUCAGUUUCAGUAUUUUUCAAAUAUUUUUUUAAAAUGAAUUGCAAUUGUGCCAAGCAAAGAUAAUGAAUUGAAUUAAGUUUGUUUAAAAAAAAAAAGAAAAAAAAAGAAUCACUUCUUGUAUAUUUUGCUGCAUGUCAAGUGAGUCAUUUCGUAUUUGGAAUGUGCCAAGCUUUACCUUUGAACUUUUAAGUGCUUUUUUACGUGUGGUUGGGGAAAGGGUACUACUUUAUUUUUUUUUUUCCUUUUUUAAUUUGUACGAUGAACAAAGUGUACCUGGUGUAAGUAACUAUUCUGCAAUCCACUGACAGGUUGAACGUUACUGAUUUUGCAUAUCUUGUGUUCAUUUUCCUUCUUCCUCACUCCCUUCUAACGUGCACGAUGACUUUAUUGGUAGAGAAUCUUUCUUCCCAAGACUGGGACGUUUUAUUCAGGCUUGGUUUUCUUUCCUUUUGCUCAGUUCCUCUACAGGUCUUGUCCCACUCAAGGGUGACAAGACCCCCAAAGCCCAUUUGGCAGAUCCAUCCUACACGUUCAGCUGGCACCAGCAAUUUGAGGAGCGGGGCGGAAAAAAAUCUGGCUUCAAAAUUAUUUUAUUAAAUUGCUGAACCCUGAUCAGUUUUAGCAGGAUCCUGGGAUAAGAAAUGUGAGAAUCAGAACAGUUGGCAAAGUAAAGUUACCUAACCCUGGUCUGGGCUGAAAGCAGAGGGAGAGAGCUGUGGAUCUUUAUUAGGAGAAUUGCUGCAGGCUGGUCAAGAUGCAGGUGCCAAGUGGCGUUUUGGUGUUCCUAUGCGUGGUCUCCAUCCUCUUCCCAGACUUAAAGGAGGGUACUAAGUCACAAAACAUCUGGCAGCACAGCAUGUCCCAGCCACAAUUCCUGACUAGUAGGUGUGAAACUCUCACACUGAGGGUUGGCCCUAACCCUGAGAGAGGCUGAAAAAACAGGCAGGUAUUGUUAGAUUUUAUGCAACUGGUUUUUGUCUAGACUACUGCUGGUUUUUUUUUUUCCUCCUCAGGAUGAUUCACAAACUUGCAGAUCAGUUCUGAGGUGUGAUCUGACUCAGAGCUAAACUUUGAUUCGAAUCUUGAGCUUCUGCAGAUGUCCAAGAACACCCUUCACUGCGUACAUUGAUUACAUUAUUUUUGUGACAUUCUUGUUUUUCUUCUCAGUUCUCUGGGGCAUAGAGGAGAAAUAGCAAAGGGUAUUUUUGUCCGUACUUUUUAAACUGGCCAGAAUCAGCUCAAGAUACCUUGGAAAAAAACAAAUACUAGAGAAAUAUGAAUCCAUUUGUACAAGCAUCUGUCAUCAAAGUCAUAAUUCCAGGCUUCCCUGGAGAAAGUGACUAGCUGGUGUGGGUCAGUCUCAUCCUUUCAUCCCUGGUGCCUGUACAGAGAUGGGCACACACGUGUGUCUCCCUGUGAGUUUGCUGCUGCUGCUGAUGAUGUGCUCCAAAGGGACUUGAGGGAGAAUGCCCGUGCCUGGCUGUUCCUGAGAAUGCUGUGUAAGGGCUCCCUAACUCAUUUUCUUUCACUGCAAAGUCCAUCUGACCCUGCCAAUGGAAGACAGGGGUUCUUCACUCCUGAAAAACAGUGCUUACCUAAAUUAGUGGUGACAAUAAACAUUUUGGAUGCUUGACAGCACAUCUGUUAGGAUUUUUCUUGAUGGGAAGGAAAAUGGCAGGAAGCAUAGUGCCCCAGGCAGUGAAAGCUGUUGCUCCCUCAGGGGUCAGAGCCUAUGGCCAGGGGAAACCCCACUCUCUCCUGGAAGACCCUGUAGGUGCUACCGAGUGGAAAAUGCAUGGCUAGCAGACAAUGCAAAUUACUUCUGCAGUUUGAGGGGUCGCUGUUAAAUUUAGUAAUUGCUGGUGCCAGCUGUGCAAACUUCUCUUUCUGGGGAGGGUGGCUUUUUUUUCUAUUUUUUUUCAUUUGAGGUACUUCCAAUGUGCACAUUGUGACAGGCCUGAGCAAAGAGCUGCUGCCUCCUGUGAGUGAGGCAGAUUCUGGGGGACAGUGGGAAGGAGGGGGCAGGUUUAGUUCCUGGAGUGUUUCCCUGUGUAUGGGAGUGGAUGGUGGGUACAAUCCUUGUGCUGUGGAUGGAAGCUUUGAAGGAACCGAUGGCUGAGAAGCGGCGUGGAAGGAAAGAAUGGGGAAAACGAUCUGCUGUUUGCCUCCGAGCAUCUCUGACUCGCGAGAGGACACUGCAGACUAAAGACAUUUCCUAUAAAACAACAAACCUCCUCCCUGUAUCACUCCUGCUCAUUAGUCCAGACAGUACUGGGUCAGCCACAUCGGGUGCAUUUCUUUUUUUCUUCCCUGUUUCUGUGUGGCUGACAUGAUGGGAAAGCAAGUGGAACUCAUGAUCCAGAGCUGGAGUUUCAUUGUCCACAGACCUUUUGUGCAUCAUCUGCCUCUUCAGCUGGACAUGUGGACGAUGAUGGUGUAGAUGCUGCUGCUACUGCAGGGGUCCCGCCUGUUUUCUUGCCCUGCCCACCACACCCCAGCACGGAGGGACAACCAGAGAGGCGCCAUGUACAGAACCGCAUCUAUUUCUGCUUUGUUUUCUGACUCACAACCCUGCCCCAGUGACUACGACGACAACAACAACAAAAAAAAAGGGCAAAUGCAUUUUUUACAUUUCUUGAUAAUUUCCAAAGCAAUGUAUCAUUGCUUUCUUUAGACUGACGCCAAUAUAACAGUUGUAUGGGUCUCAGCCAGGCUCCUGUGUCUUUUCUGCCUGAGUUUCAGAUUGCUGUAUGAAAUGUACGCGCGUUUGCACACAGACACAACCAGACGAGGUGGCAGCACCCCCAGCCCGUGGGGUUUGGUCACCUGUGUCACAGACGGAGUUGGAGGCCUUGCUUUGUGUGAGUAGAUGAGAAACCCCAACCCACUGGUCCAGGGAGCUGAAGUGAAGCAGCCCUACUGAGACAGAACUGAGUAUCCUGAGAUACAUCCAUGGUCCUGCUGUGACUGUCCCCACAGCAGGGGCACUCGGGGGGAGAGGAACACUGAAUGGGGAAUUUGGAGCACAACAAUAUUGAAGUAGAAUCCAGUCAGGGGUUUCUGGUAGCAGGGAGAUUUUACCAGUUCUCAUAAUGAAAACUGUAGUGCAUAUAAAGAAAACAUUCCAGGCCAUCAGAAGCCUCGAGCCCCAUCUUGCUAACAUGAGGCCGGAGGGCAUUAGAGGCCAAGGAGGUUGUAUUGAUGCACAGGAUGUGGAAAACAGAAUUGGGCCCUGAAAAAUUUAAUUACAUCUUUCUGCCAUUUAUUUUCUUCUUCAAAGGAGUCUAAGAAAUACAAUUCUUAAUAGCUGCACAGGGUUUCUUUUUUUCUUCUUUUGAAUGUUGUGAAACUUUAAAGUUUUUUUCUGGGUGAGCAAGCCCGGGGGUCCAGAAAGUUUCCAGUGGGAUCUCAGUCCAUGGAGCUUUUAUCUCUGUUCCUGCUUUGUUUCUGGAAAGCUGAAACCACUCUGGCCUUGCUGCUACAGCUCCCUGAGGUUGGGUGGGUGAGGGCAGAAGCAGAGCAGGAGAUAUGUCCUGUUCUGAAGACAGAUUGGGCUCCAAUUGCUUUUAGAAAACUCAGUAGCAUGACACUGGAAUGGAAAAAAAAAAAACCCUCAUCUGAUACAAACUUUAGUGUUCUAGUUAAAUUCUCCAUUCUUCUCCUCCCCCUUACGGGGAACUUCUCACUUGAGCAUAAAAACCAGGCCUUCUUUAGGGGCACAGGGCUCGACUCAGUUGCCUAACCGUGGGUGUCCACUGUCAUUUGAGAUACCCUACAGAAUCCUCUGCCAGGUCUGCUGCAGCUGCUGGGGAGAGGCACAGCUCUGGCCCAGGCAGGGCUGGUGUCACAGCCCCCAGCCCCAGAGGACGGCAGAGAUCUCAGGUGGCAGGGGACAAUUAGGCAACUUAAUCAAGUCCCUUUCUAAAGGGCUAAUUGAGAGGAGCAGCACCAAUGACAGAUGUAAUGAGGGAAUCUUCAUUAGCAUUACCAAGGGCUUAGUUAGGCAGGAUCAGGAGCUUGUCUCCACAAUCCCACGCUGUUGUUUUUCUAACCCAUGUCAGGCACUCUGCCUCCACUCCUGCGGCCUGAAGUUGGCAGCGCUCUGCCUGGUCCUUUCCUUAGGCCAGGAUUAGAGGCUGCACCCCAGGCCCAGGGGAGCUGGGACAGGCCCAGGCAAGAGCAGGCGUCACUCCACUCAACCACAGAUUUUUCUGCCAGCGUUCCAACAGCCCCUUUCCAAAGCUUUUUUCCUAUUUGAGACAGAACCACAAACUCAGACACCAUCUGCUGGCAUCAUCGUUCAGGUGAUUAAAUACCUGUGUUUUUCUGUUAGUUCUUUCCCAAUUAGGCUGAAAUGCUUUCAGUAUUUUAGGCAUCCUAAGUCAGUCUGUUCCCAUCUCAAGCACCGAGGUAGACUGGCAGCCAAUACUAUCUAAGCAUCAUCAACUUUAUGAUUGCUCAUAGAAAUGAUUGUUUCAAGCUUAUUUAGUCUUAACAGUUUGAAUGUGGGAAGAUUUUGGAGGAGGAGGAGUGACAUUGUAAAUAUCUCUGACAAACAUUGCUGCAUCACACACAAAAAAAAGGGGGAGAUACUUAUAAAACUGCCUUAAAAAUCAAUUCCGAAUGAUGAAUCUCCCUCCAAACAAUUGCCGCUUGAUAGAGCAAGGGAUGAGUCACUUUGGGUGAAUUCUGGCAAGAAGAGGUUGGAAUCUAGUCCGGUUUCAGGAGCGAAAGCGUAAUUUGGGAGCUGAUCUCUCACUCAGUCUGAAAUCACAUCAGCACCAAGGACUGAGCACUGCAGGAUCCAAAGGGUUUAAGGUCUGGGGGGUGCUGUCUGUGCAUGGUUUGGGUCUGGCCCAGCAGGUACUGCAUACCAGUGUCUCCCAGUGACUUCAGGGAAGAUGGGGUUCCUCAGCACCUCUUAAGUUCAGGCCCUGGAGCACCACUUCCUGCUCUGAUCAUCAGCUAUAAAUGUUGAUAAAUAUAAGUGUUUUGCCUUCAUUUGAAUUGCCCAGAGCUGUAAAAUGACCUCUCUCAAGUAUAAAUCAGUCCAGAUAUGAACCUCCUCUCCUACUCUUCCCUACGCUCCCUGCCCACCUUCCCAGCCCUCCCUUGCACCUCCACCCAAGCCCUUCCCUGUCUCAAUUCUUUACCUCCUUCCACACUUUUAUAUCUAGUUUUCAUGAACCCACAGAAAUGCUUUUGUAAAUACUGCUGUACAGUUUGUAACCGUCAUGUAAGCCUGUCAUCAGUGCCAGAGUCCGUCUUGCCCUCUCGCACGUUUUAAAAUCAACAGAGGAAAGUUAGAGCGAAUGGCCCGCCAGUGAGCUAUAGGGUCAUCUCUGUGUGGGACAAAUGUAUAUUCCUGUAAGAUUGCAUUUUUAUCUAAGGAAUGAUGUUAUUUUAAAAUUGCUAAUAAAUUUCUAAACAAUG